AUGGAUGAGCAUAACCAAGGUGGUAGUGAGGGUAACAACGAGGAUGUAGGUGGACAACAAACUCAUGAAGAUAACCACCAAGUUGAGCAGAACGUCCAACAGACAAGUGACAUAACAAGUUGGCCAUCAUUUUGGACAACAUACCAAGGCGGAUAUGACUCUGACCAAAGAGAUUCAGACAAUGAGGACCCAUUUUCAUCUGAUGGACAGCAUGCAGAUUCUGAUGUUGACGUUGAGAGGGGCAACCUCCAAAAGAGGAAAAAAAGUGUCAAAUAUCCUGUUUUUAAUGAGAAGACUGAAAUGAGAAGAGUUGAACUAUCUGUGAGGCUAAAAUGGGAACUAACUUCUAGACCUAACAUUGAUGAUACCACAGGGUGGCAAAUUAAGUCACUUCAACCUUUACAUGAAAGAUGCACAAGAACAUUUCACAACAGAUUGAUAACUGUGAAUUGGUUGGUAAAUGAGUACCUGGACAAGAUAUUAAGAAACCCUGUAAUGAAGGCACAAGAGAUGAAGGAUAUCAUGAGAGUAAGAUAUGAUAUAAUUGUAGGAAUAAGACAAUGUCAAAGGGCUAAAUGCAAGGCAUUAAAUGCUGUUGUUUCCCUCAUGAAGAAGCAGUAUAGAAUUCUUAAACCAUACUUGGUAGAGUUGGUAAAGUCCAACCCAGACACAACAUGUGUAUUGAAGACGUGUGAGGGAGAACCUAACCAGCCAAGACAAUUUCUGAAAUUUUAUGCUUGCUUUGCAUCUUUGAAAAAAAGUUUCAAGGAAAAUUGUAGGCCUAUCGUAGGGGUUGAUGGUUGUUUGCUUAAGCAUGCAUGUGGAGGACAACUAUUGUGUGGUGUUGGUAGGGACGAGAACAACCAAAUGUUUCCAAUUGGAUGGGCAAUUAUUGGUAGAGAGACCAAAGAAAGCUGGGAGUGGUUCCUAAGGUUAAUAUGUGAAGAUCUACAGAUGGACGAUGGGGAAGGAUGGACUGUCAUUUCAGACCAGCAAAUGGUUAUGGCCUCAAAUUGA